ACCCACAUGUGAGUCAUCAAGAAGAAAGGAGAAAGAAGCAACUGUUACCGUCUUUCGUUGACCAAUUUCUGUCCCUUUCUUCCUCGGCACUUUGCCUGGGAGCCCUARUCUAGUAGAAGGAUGUCUGAUGAUAAAUCUUUAGAGGAUUUCUUUGCUAAAAAGAAGGCUAAGAAGGGUAAAUCGAAGAGUAAAUUCACGACUUCGGACGCCAUCACCAAACAAGUUUCCCAGCCAAAGAAGGACGAUUCAAAAGAUCAGGGCUCCAAAAAGUCAUCGUUGUCGAACCAAACUACAUCAGGAAAGGAAGAUGAAGAAUGGAUAGAUUUUCAACAACCCCAAGAAAAAGAUUAUUCUGGUUUGAGAAUUCAAACCCUUCAGAUAUCGGAUAAACAAGAACAAGAAACAAAUGAAGAAGAAGAAAAGGAAGAAUUUGAUGAAGAUGGUGAAUUGUUAGCCAAGAAGGACAAACUGAGUCCAUGGCAGCAAGCAUCUUCACAAUCUGCCCAGACUGCCCAGCCUGCUGAAGAGGAGCAACCAAAAGUAGUAGCUGGAGUUUAUCGACCUCCAGGGAUGAGAACCAAAAUGGCUAUGAGUGGUGGAAUCAAAGGAAAAGCACCAGAAAUYAACAGUGAGAUUGCUUUUCCAACACUGCAAGCUGCUGUGCAGGAUAGCAAAAGCAAAGAACCAACCGGAAGUAAAAGUUUUGAGACAGUAAAACAUGGCUCACGUUCAAUGGAAAACCCAGCUGAUAGAAGGCCUAAACUUGACUUGGGAAACAAGUAUGAUGCACUAAGGAGAAGCUAAAUCUCACUCUAUGACAAAAAAAAAUCAGGAAGUCCAACAUGGAAGCUUGAAUUUGAAAACAUCCUACAAAGGACAAUUGAUGGGUUUUUGUACAUUACCUUGUGCCUGCCCUUCCUUAGAAAUAACUAAAAAUACCUGAUUGUGAUGGUGUUCUGGAUCUCUAGCCAUCAUGAUGUAACUUGUAAAUAAAAAAAAUUUGGACAACGCAUAGAGGCUUAGCACCCAUCUAAAAGUGAGAUGGCAGUCUUUAGAAGAUUCUUGAAUUUUUUUUCUGUGAAGCUGAAGUAUUUCAUAUAUAAAAAUACCAGAUUUCUUGUGUUGCACCUAUAAGUCAUCGCUUGUCAUUGUUAUUUUGCACAAAGAAUGAUUUAUGAACACUGCACUACAGCUGUUCCUGAACUGGGGUUAGCUGCAGGCCUGAUUCAUAGCAAAAUUCAUGUUCAAUGAGAGUUACCUGAGCUGAUUGUAGCAGUUAUAUCUCGUUAAUCUGCCUUGUGAUUGUCUAUAWAUUUUCUUUGAUGUCAGAACUAUGAUGUCAGCAAAAAGUUUCCAAGCCUAGGCUUGKUUUUUAGACGGCAGGACUUUAUGUGCRCUCUCWAGAGAGCAUCCAAACCCUGAUGGCUAAAAACUGAGCAUAGGGUCUGAUGACUUGCAAGCAAAAUAGUGACCAACACACUUAAGUAUUCAGAAUGUAAAUGUAUUUUCAUUGAUGUCAGUAAAACUGUGCAAUUGUCUAAAGAUCGUGUAAGUGUAAUAUUUUUGUAAGAAUAUCUAAUUGAUGGUGAAUGUUAGGGAAUAACGAUUUAAUCUUGAUUUUCUUUGAGAAGCWCGCCCAUAAUAAAGAUGAUAAUACCCACAUG